AUGUCUACUAUUGCGGGCGUUAUGAGCUUUCUUGAUCAAGAAAAAUUUAAAAACACGCAAGGAUUUCAAGAUGUUUCGUUUUUGAUCAAGGUUGAAAAAAGUGAGGAUGAGGAGAAGACUGCAGAACUAUAUUUUCUUGAUGGUGAUUCGGUUAUGAAAAUUCAAGUCCCUGAUGAUAUUGAAUGCAAAAAAAUUAACGAAUUGGAUCAAAAAAAGAUUAAAAAACCUUUCCGCAACUCAAAUAUUUUUUUAAUUAAUCAUCCAAAAAAAUAUAAUAUUUUAUUUAAAAAGAAGAGAAUUUACGCUUUAAUUCCUGAACAAAAGUGUUAUACUAUUCACAAUUUUAACAAACCCGAUAACCUCAAGCAAUAUAAAUUAGAAAAGCGUGUUAACAAGGCGUUAAAUGUAAUCAUUAAACUUGAAAAUAAUUAG